UAGGCGGGACAGGGACAGACUAUAUCGAAAGCGAAGGACCUUGGCCAUGGAGAUCACCGCGGUGGCUCCGAAGUUUCUUCUACAAUUGAUCUCGUCUGCUUUUCAAAGAUGCCGUUUAUCAGAAGAUCUCUGUAGAUUAUCAGUUCUUCUUCUCCAUGAUCAAUCUACUGAUAAGGAUCCUUCGAUCACGUCUGUUUCGAUUUCGGAUACUGGAAUUGGAUGCAAUUUGGAGCAAUUUCAGGAUCUGAGGUGCCCUAGAGAGUUCAAUGGAGUGAAAAUUUGGGAUGGGUUACUCUCAGUGAAGACAACUUGCUUUACUGACGAUGAGGUAUACUGUUAUCAUAUAAAUCUUGAGGAUUAUAUAUCAAACAAAAGACUGAAAAGGCAACCUUCUCAGGCUAAGAAUGGUGCAAAGUUUAGUGGGACGGAAGUAUCCCUGAGUGUUUUUGGGAGUAUGGACGUUCUUAUGGCCCCAAUACUUGGCUUCUUUCAAAAGAUGCUUGUUCUUCAUAUACCUAAUGUCACAAUGGAUCUGAUGGUUAAACAAGGGGAUUCUCCUGGUACACAAACUCAAUACGUCUUUGCAGUGAACGCUGACAAAACUCCAUGCUUUACUGCCACCAAUCUUGAACGGUUGAAAUUUGGUCUUGAGAACUAUGUUUUAAGGCAUGGGAACUGUUUGGAUACAAUGUGUGAUUAUUGCUUCUCUGAAAGAGAGCAUCUAAAAGUUGGAAGUGGGAUAGUAUGCCAUGAAGACAGACCUAAGAGAGUUGGAGGGACGAUGGAAGUGGUGAUUGUGAUAAGUGACUUGCUAGAUUCAACUCAGCAUUGCAGCAGAUCAUGCGACGGCAAAACAGAGGUUUUAUACUUUGACAACUUCUCACCUUCCCCUGUUCCACAUUUUGCCUUGAGUGCAUUGAAAAAGAUUGACUGGAAAAGUUACGGUUUGAUUCUGGCGAAUGUUAAUGAUCAAGAUGGACAUGUGUUUCUCGAAUGGGAAAAUUUCCCUUCAUUUGUACAAAUAGAAAUCGCCCUUCAUUGGUAUCACAAUCAACAUGCAACAAGACAGAAGAAUGGGCCUGGUAUAAAUCUUGUGAAAAAGGGAAUUAAAAGUGCAUUGAAUGAUUUGAAGGCUAAACAUGAGGGUUUUCUUCUAAGCUCACAUGCUCGUAAGAUAUGCAGCUAUGUCCCUGACCUUGCAAGAUCAAUAGCAGGCCUAAUAUUCUCCUCUACUGACUUGGACUUCCAAGGGGAUUGCUUAUCAGUUCUUGGCUUUCAGCCUCUUGAAGUUGAACGUGAGGCUGUAGAAGACUGUAUCCAGAGAAAGAUAGUUACGGUUAUAGGAAUGAAUGAGAGGAAACCUCAGAAAGACCAAGAAGCUGCUCCUUUUCUGUUUUUUGAUGGCGAUUCUGAGACAUCAUACUUUGAAGAUGAGGAAGUAGAAGGUGAGUAUUACUCUACCUCACUGGAAUGAUACAUCUGCUUCUGAUAACGUAUAUAUACUAGUUAGUCGAUGUGUGAGAAUUACGUCUGUUAUUAGCUUUUACCAUGGCUACGAAUUCUCAUGGUUACGAGAAGAGCUGUUCAUAGAAACCUUACAUGAUCUAUGUUUAAGAAUCUGGAACUUGUUACGUUCUUGAGAUAGUUUGUCCAAAGCCAAUAACACUUUUUUGCAUCACUUACUGAUCUUUUUCGUUUUCAAUUA